GUUGACCUUGUUUAUUGCUGAGAGAGUGAGAGAAGGCAGAGGGCGAGAGAUACAGAGAAGCAGAAACGCAGACGUGCGGAAGGAGGCGACAAGUGCGGAAGGAUGAGAUGAGGGGCGGAAACGGACAGUGAAAUGUCAUGCCCCGGUGCCAGGAACAUUGCACCUCGAAACCGAGUUGUAAAACGCACCGGUGCGUUCCCAUUUGAAACGCUCGGUAUUUUGGAUUAUUUGCAAGUAUCAGUAUAAAAAUUGAAACACGCCUGGCUGGUUGUCAUUGCAAUGCGGAGAAGGGACAGGAGCAGACAGUCUGGAAUCGCAGCGUCUAGACCUCCGCACCCCUCGUCCUCCGGCCAGGCUCAUUUUGCGACCGGCUUCUGGACGAGAUACUCCGUACCCCAUCGUCCCCCCCUUCUCCGCGGCGGCAGUCUGCGGCUGAACACGUGGGAAGAAACGUCCCCGAGCCCUCUCCGGUUUCGCCAGCGUCCUUGAUCAACGUAUUCCCAUUUAAAGCCGCCUUAUCCUGGGACCAUUUAUUCCGAACGGCUAUUAAAUCCCUCCCUGCACCCCUGCAUCCUGCAUCCUUGCUGCAUCGUAGGGAAGCCAAGAAAAAAAUAGUGCUUCAGAUAAAUAUUCUGUCUGUAUGCAGAAGCAGGUGGGUUUGGAAGGGAAGUGUUUUCAGGAGAUUGCGGCUGCAGUCAAGUGUGACAGGGAAGGGAAGAGGUUGAGGGCGACUCGGACUGUUUGCUCGUAUUGAUGCAGUGGAUGGAAGGGAUCGCCGUCGGUCAGUGGUCUUGCGGGAGGGGCAACGAAUAAGGUUAGAAAUCCUCCCCACAUCCACCCCCCGGCGACAGUCUGGCAAGGGUCUCUGGAGAGGAUCGAUCGCAUUUAUGCUGGAAGAAUGUAUGCUGAUCCUUCGGGAAGAGAUCUGCUGGGAAACAGAACCUUGUUUUUCAUAUUUAUUUGUUCUUUCGCACUGGUCACCCUCCUACAGCAGAUCCUCUACGGCAAGAACUACAUACAGAGGUAUUUCGAGUUGCAGGAAGGUCGGUUCGAAUACAACUCCUCAACAUGUUGGAAGCUGCGUAAUGAGAUCAUGGAGGUGAAGGUACUUUCCAUGGUGAAGCAGUCUGAGCUGUUUGAACGUUGGAAGACCCUGCAGUUGUGUAAAUGGGAAAGGAACCAGAGUGCUACCAACAUUUUUAAAUCCCGCCUGACCCGAUGCUGCAACGCGCCAGCAUUUCUAUUCACAACGCAGAAGAAUACUCCCCAGGGCAUCAAGCUGAAGUACGAGGUGGACAGCAGUGGCUUUCUCUUCAUCAAUGAAGAUGUAUUUGAAUUAUUUCCAAAGGAAAUGCCAUAUUCACGUUCUCAGUUUAAAAAAUGUGCAGUGGUCGGGAAUGGAGGAAUUCUGAAGAACAGUAGGUGUGGCAAUGAGAUCGAUUCCACGGAUUUUGUAUUCAGGUGUAAUUUGCCACCAAUCUCUGAUAAAUACACCAUGGACGUUGGACUGAAGACAGAUAUUGUGACAAUAAAUCCGAGCAUUGUAACCGAGAGAUUCCAAAAGCUAGAAAAGUGGAGGCGGCCAUUCUAUGAAGUAAUACAGGCAUAUGAAAAUGCUUCUGUGGUGAUGCCAGCUUUCUACAACACCCGUAACACAGAUGUUUCAUUCAGAGUCAAGUAUGUACUGGAUGACUUUGAGUCCCAGCAAUCCACGUUCUACUUCCAUCCCCGCUAUCUCGAGAAUCUUUCCCGUUUCUGGCUGAGACAUGGGCUCAGAGCCAAACGCCUCAGUAGUGGUUUAAUGCUGGUGACAGCUGCAAUGGAGUUGUGUGAAGAAGUCCAUCUCUAUGGUUUCUGGUCAUUUCCCAUGGACCCCUCAGGCUAUUUCAUCACCCACCAUUACUAUGACAACGUCAAACCUCGACCAGGUUUCCACAAGAUGACUUCUGAGAUCUUCAAUUUUCUGCACAUGCACAGCAAGGGGAUUCUUCAGGUCCAUACCGAGAUCUUGGAAAUGGACAUUUCAGAAAAAAUGAUCCUGCUUGUGAGGCUCCCUUUUUCAGUGAAGGAUAAUAUAUAAAUGGAAAUGAUGCAAAAAAAUAAAUGUGAU